CGCGUGCGCGUGGCAGAAAAGAGCAGUGCUGUGCUGAGCGUUGCGUAGUACGAGACGGUCCACCUCUGACCCGGUUUGGUCCUUCCUAACGUGUUUAAAGUUAAAGAAAAGAGAAAAUACGGGGCCAUGCGGUUACUUGGAUCUUUGCAACGUAUUUCCAAGACCAACAAGGCUUGCAGUCCCAUUAACUCUUGAGAAAGAUCCACUACUUGCCUACUUAGAAUAUUGGAUUCUCAUUCCAGAUGCUCUUGUUUUCCUGGAUUAAAUCUCAAAUAAAUGAAUGGACAAUCUUUGCAACUUAAUUAUUUCCGACUAUAAAAACCUCCUCUGUUGGAAAUUGUUUUAAGUUUUACACAGAAGAAGAAUACUUCAAGGAAUAAUAUAUACUUUCAAGAUCAUACAUCUUUUGAGAUUCCUUGGAGAUUAAUGGAGUUUUGGACGCAUUUUUUUAAAAGUUUGAGAAUGAUCAGUCAUCCCUUCUUUUUUCCACUUAUUGGCACUUUAUUCUUUUUUAUUCUGUCUGCUCAAGCAGCAGGGCAAAACCCAGAUCACAUGCUCCAGGGCAAAGGAGCUAUUUCAAGCUCUGACAAGAAGCUUGCAGAUGGAUCAACAGUGGCACCGGAGGAUGCAGCACGAUUCUUAAGUUGUUACUGCUCUGGUCAUUGUCCUGAAGAUGCAAAGAACAACACAUGCGAAACAAAUGGCCAUUGUUUUGCCAUAGUGGAAGAGGAUGAGCAUGGAGAAGCCAUUCUGACAUCUGGGUGCAUGAAGUAUGAAGGUUCUGACUUCCAGUGCAAGGACUCUCGUUAUGCACAGUCAAGAAGAACAAUUGAGUGCUGCCAGACGGACUUUUGCAAUCGAUACCUGCAGCCUACAUUGCCACCUCCAAUUCAUAAAGGCCCAUUGUUUGGCAGUGCCCACUGGAUGGCAUUUUUGAUUUCGGUCACAGUGUGCUGUUUUGCACUACUUGUCUUUGCUCUAAUCUGUUACUAUAGAUUUAAAUGGCAGACUGAGAGACGGCGAUAUAACAGAGAUCUGGAUCAAGAUGAAGCAUUCAUUCCUGUUGGUGAAUCUCUAAAAGACUUAAUUGAUCAGAGUUCUGGGAGUGGAUCGGGACUCCCUCUGCUGGUGCAACGUACCAUUGCAAAACAAAUUCAGAUGGUGCAUCAUAUUGGAAAGGGCCGCUAUGGAGAAGUAUGGCUUGGACGCUGGCGAGGAGAAAAGGUUGCAGUGAAGGUGUUUUUUUCCCGGGAAGAGGCCAGUUGGUUCAGGGAGACUGAGAUCUACCAGACAGUGCUUAUGCGUCAUGAAAACAUCUUGGGAUUUAUUGCAGCAGAUAUUAAGGGUACUGGAGCAUUUACGCAGCUGUUACUGAUCACAGACUACCAUGAGAAUGGGUCUCUCUAUGAUUAUCUUAAAUUUACCACACUGGACACCAAGUCUCUGCUUAAGCUAGCCUACUCUGCUGCCUGUGGAUUGUGCCACCUUCACACUGAGAUAUAUGGCACCCAGGGCAAACCAGCUAUUGCCCACCGUGACCUGAAGAGCAAGAAUGUCCUCAUGAAAAAGAAUGGUACAUGCUGUAUUGCAGACCUUGGCUUAGCGGUUAAAUUUAACAGUGAUACGAAUGAAGUUGAUAUCCCUCUAAACACACGUGUUGGCACCAAGCGAUACAUGGCUCCAGAAGUUUUGGAUGAGUCUCUGAAUAAAAACCACUUUCAGGCAUACAUUAUGGCAGACAUUUACAGCUAUGGACUGAUUAUUUGGGAAAUGGCACGUCGCUGUAUAACAGGAGGUAUUGUUGAGGAAUACCAGCUACCCUACUAUGACAUGGUUCCAGCUGAUCCAUCCUACGAGGAUAUGCGUGAAGUGGUUUGUGUCAAAUGUCUCCGUCCUGUUGUGUCAAACCGGUGGAAUAGUGAUGAGUGUUUAAGAGCAAUGUUAAAGUUGAUGUCUGAGUGUUGGGCACAGAAUCCAGCUUCUCGAUUAACAGCACUGCGUAUCAAGAAAACACUCCUCAAAAUGGUAGAGUCCCAGGACAUCAAGAUCUGAAAGCAACUUGAGUAUUUUUCUAUCAAGAAGUGUACUGUCUCUCUUCAUAAAUUAUUUUUUUGCUAUGAGUAAUCAUCUUUAUCCUGAGAAGAGGAUAAAGCCAUUAAGGGUUAACAGAACAUUCCCAUCCCCCUUGAAACAUUCAUCCUUAUGUUGUAUAGUCUAUUACACAGAAAUUAUUUGGAUUUAAGAAAUCAGUCCCAAAAAUCCGCCAAUCAUUAGUUUGUGUGGGGGAAUUCUUUGAAUGUCUAGAUUCUCCAGUUUGCUGCUGUUUUUUUUUUUUUUAACUUCCAACCUGCGACUAAAACAGAAGAGGUUGAACCAAGAUGUGGAGACUUAGACCUACUCUAGAACUCAAAAUUGUGGAAGAGGAGGAGACUUCUGGAAGGAAAAUGCUUUCUAUGAAAGCUAUUAUUAGUUUUCUACAAAAAAGAAAAUGCUGAAAAAUGUGCAGCUAAGGCAAAACGGAUCUACAAGAGAGUUGAAAAGAUGACUUGGCAGACUCUGGAUCUUGUAUUAGGAUAACCAGGAUCUUCAUGCACUGUUCCUGAAUCUAUAUACAGAGCUGUCUGUCCCUUUCUAGAGUGCAAAUUUGAUGUCCACUGCUUUGGAACUAACAACUUUGUACCAAAUGAAUCUCUGUGAAUUGUACUGCUUAGAAGAUGAGAUUUUUUUCUUGGUGCAUUGUAAAAGUAUACUAGUGCCCUGGUUUUCAUCCUCCACUUUCAGUGACUUUAGGUAUGGCAUCACUUCCUGAUUUUAAAGUCAUGGAAACCAAUUCAUAAUUGUUUUUCGGAUUACAGAAGCAACUGCCAGCUUCUCCUCUUUGUCAACUCUGUACGACUUCUUAUGCUGAAUUUUGAGAUGCAGCAGUUGUUCUUAUACCUCAGAGAUUCCUUUUUAAAAGUCUAAAGGGAUAUGUGGGAUGAAGCCAAUGAAUUAUUGUUGUGUGAUAUUUUUUUUUUUAAAUCUAUGUACUGAAAAUGAUUAAGUAUGAAAUCACAUAGGAAUGACCUAUUGUGCUUUUUGUGAAGGCCUUGCCUUGGAGUUUUAUGAACAUUGUUUCUGUCCAGUUUUGUAUGUAUGCAGAUGUCAAGAAAAAAAAUCAAAUGGCAAAAGAUAAGCCAAACUUUGCAGUAUUU